AUGAAGUGCUCACCACUGAUCAUAGCUAUGAUAAUAUGCGCGUCCGUUGUGGUUAAUAGCUAUGACUUGAAUGAGACAGUCCUCUGCGCCACCACUUCUAUGCCAGACAUCGCUCACUGUAACGACACUUUCAUCCAAGAGAUCAAAGACUCCCAAAACCAGAUCCGCGACUACUGUUGCGCCUGCAAUGACCUGAAGGACUGUAUCGUUGAACACGUGGGCGAUAAGUGCGGCGACACUGAGAUAAGACAACUGGCCGACCAUUACGUUAAGACGGCCAUAAGGAUAGGAUACCCAUGGGGUUAUUGCGAUGCCUACCGGGGCUUUGGGGGUAUCGUACUGUGUCAGCAGGGUAUCGGACAUCUUAGGAUCCAUUGA